UUAAAACUUUUACUUAUAACACAAGAAAUGCAACAUAUCUAUGACCAGAGUCUAAUAGUUUACCAUAUGUACAUAAUGUGAAAUGCAGGGGGGUGGGUGUCAGGGUAGCUGGCACAGCUAGCAUACAUUUCUCCUUUGUGUUUCAAACAAACAAAAUUCUUUCUAUUGCUCUCUGCUUUAAAAAAAAAACAAAAACAAACACAACACAUUGUUAGCCACAGUUACGUAACUUUUAGAGGGCUUUGAACUUGUUCCCCCCCAUCCAGAGACACCCCUGAAUCAGACAUCUUUCUCCAUCCUCCAUCACCCUCCCCAGUCCCUGUAGGCACCAGUCCAUUUUCUGCAUCCUUGCAGUCAAGUCUUUUACAUGUGAGAACAUAUGGUGAAUACCUGCUGCAUUAGUGUAGUUCACAUGAUGUCUUCUGGUUCCCUGUACGUUACAACUGUCAAGGUUUCGUCCUUUUCUGUGGCUGAGCAGUGUGUGUAUAUGUAUUCCAUGUAGCCUUCUGACUAGCUGACUGUUGUUGGGCGAGCUGUGGUGGGCAUGGGUGGAGGCCAGGCGUCUCCUCAACAACAUAUCCCUCUCCACAGUAAUGGCAAGGUUGGAUUUUUUUGGGAGUUUUACUUUUAGUUUUUUUGAGGAAACUCCGUACUGUUUUGCAUAAUGUACUAAUUUACAUGCCCACUAGCAGUGUAUGAUCGUUCCCCUCUGCAUCCUCAGUCAGCGCUUGUUAUUUCUUUUUGUUUGUUUGCGAGAUAACAGCCAUUCUAAGUGGAGUUAGAUGAUACCACAUUGUGGUUUUGAUUUGCAUUUCCCUAGUGGUCAGAUAGAACGGAGCCUGCUAGUUGGUUUCAAACUCAUCAGGGGUCUCUGGGUGGUUUAGUGAUUCUAAGUUUGGUUUCUUCUAUGGAAGGUAGACAUGACCAUAUCUAACUCAGAGCAUUGCAAGGACAAUUAACAUCUGUAUGUAAAGCACUCAGCUGGGUGUCCACAUGCGACAGUGAUCUGAUAAAUUACUGAUGGAGACAGCCAGGGUGGCAGUAUGUCUUCCUGUCCCUUCUGAGUGCCCUGAAUGAUUAGGGUGCCGUCAAUACUUUAGCACCUUGUUACACAGGGAUGAGACAGAGAACUGUUAUGGUGUCCAAGUUGUGCUCACCUGAAUGAAAAGGUUGGGCAUUUUGUCUGUGUUCAUCGGUGAGAUGUGGCAGUGGCGAAUGGUUGGGUUAAUCUCCACUCCAUAAAAGAAAAACAUGGUGCUCCCAAAACAGAAGGAGUGGAGGAUCUGGAGAAAGGAACGGUAGGCAGUGUUAGUCUGCAGGGCCUGCUGCUCCAAGUAGGAAAGCAGGAGCAAGGGUUCUCACCUCACUGCUGCUGUCCUUGCCACUGUCCUCACUGCUGUCCCCACACUGUCCCCACCGCUGCAGGGCAUGCGCUCCUCGUGCACUAGGCUGGGCUUCUCUGACCCUGUGGUAGUAGCACACACCUCCUCAGGGACGGAGUGAAGAAGCAAUCACUAGAGUCAGAAAGCAAAGCCCUCAAAAGGAUGCAGUGCUCAGAACUUGGUGUGAAUCUGUGAUUUGAGGUAAAUAGACUGUAUCUAGCAGUGGCUAAAAGUCCUGCAUUUAAAAAAAAUCUGGGGGUUGGGGAUUUAGCUCAGUGGUAGAGCGCUUGCCUAGGAAGCGCAAGGCCCUGGGUUAGAUCCCCAGCUCUGAAAAAAAGAACCAAAAGAAAAAAAAAAUCUGUAGACACUAUUAUACCUAAUUACUUUCAUAAAAAUACUUGUUCAGUUGGGGGAAAAUAAGGGAGGAUAGUUAAUCGAUGUUCAAUAGUACCAACAAAUAUUAAUUAUCCACUGUUUCCCUUGCCCCAAGACACCAUCUAAUGUAAGAUAAUUCCUUAGCUUUUAAUGUAUUUCUCUUUGUCCCAGAAAAGAUCAGCUAUGGACUUAAGUUAAUGUUUCAGUAGCAGCUUACUAACUGUUACUUACAUAUCCUUUUAAACGUGAGCGAUGGAGGUGACUGGAUGUAGAAUAUCUGGGCUCUCUGUAUGCUCUCCAACUUCUAUAGCUUUUCAACUGCUCUAAAAAGUCAAAUCCCCCUUCACGUAGAGCCCUUACUGUUUCUCCUCCACAAAGUUCCUUGUGGUGCGUGUCUUCAAUCCCAGAGCUUGGGAGGGAGAGGCAGGCAGUUGGAUCUCUGAGUUCAAGACCAGCCUGGUCUACAGAGUGAGUUCUAGGACAGUCAGAAAUACACAGAGAGAUCUUGUCUCGAAACAAAACGAAACAGCAAAUAAACAAAUACAUAAAACCUAAAGAUUGCAAGGUGGGGAAGCAUGUGGACAAAGGUUUGAACUCCCCAGAACCCAUGUAAAUGCUUGCUAUGUGUCAGUGGCAUUCACUUGUAAUUCUAGCAUCUGAAGACAAUUCCAGGAGCAUUCGGCCAGUGAGAUUAGUCAUAUCGGCAAGCUCCGAGAUCGAUCGAGAGACCUUUCCUUUAUGAACAAGGCAGAAGAGUGAUUGAGAAUGGUCCCCAAUAUCAACCUUGGACCCCCACAUGCAUGUGAAUACACAUACAUGUGCACCCUGCACACGUGUGUAUGAAAACAUACACACACAUGCAUGCACACCACAGACACAUGGAAAUGGAAAAAAAGAAAUCUUAAAAAUUUUAGAUUACACCUUCAACAUUUUUAAUUUAAAAUUUAAAAACACCCACAUGGAGAAGCCUGGCUAGGUAUCCCACACCACAGCGCACGAGAACAUCCAGACCCACUUAGUAGAAAACAGAACUAGAAACUGAACCCAGACUUCGAGAUGUCUAAAUGCUGUCCCAUGUUCGCACAGAGCCUUACUGUUCUUCCUCCACAAAGUUCUUUGCAAUGUCUGAUUCCAAGAUGGCGAAGAGUUACCAUAAUUCGUAUUGCUAAGCUGAUGCCUUGUCUGUAGUGUAGACAGUCAUCUUGGCUCAGCUGGCUAAUCCAGAUGUACAGUCCAUUCCCCAAACCAGCCAACAGCUGUCAAAAACGGGAAAACAGUUACUGGUGCUCCUAAAGCCAGAGCUGUAAUCAUGCGGUGAGACUCGAGCCUGUCCAUUAUCCACAGCGCUCAUUCAGGGAUAAUUUCCUUACUGUGGGGCUCACAUGGAAACCACGCUCAAGGGUUACAUGGGAAAUAGUUCUGACCCUGACACUCUUGUCUAUGGCUGCCUUGCUGGAAUCCAAAACCCAAAAUCCCGUUUAAAGAAUUUUUGAGCAAAGAACUGUGCUGGGGGGGCUGGGGAUUUAGCUCAGUGGUAGAGCGCUUACCUAGGAAGCGCAAGGCCCUGGGUUCGGUCCCCAGCUCCGAAAAAAAAGAACCAAAAAAAAAAAAAAAAAAAAAAAAAAAAGAACUGUGCUGGGGUGGCUAGAGAGAAACCGUCUUGGGGCUUUUUGCAAGAGUCAGGUUGAACAAAUUGGAGCCGAUUCCCGCUGGUCUAGGACAUAGUUUUAAUCCCGCAUACCACUUCCUACAUCCACACGUUUCUGUGAGCUUGGACCCUCUGGAGAGCUGGGGUGACUAUCAGAGGAAAGAGGAUGGCCAGACAGGAAGGCUAUUUCUACUGGCUUCUCCCCCAAUCCAAGGCGAAGAGGGACAUAGCGGGACACCCUUUCUUCUUCUCACGCAUCAGAGUUACUUAGUCUAGGAAGGCUGACAACACAGUGGCUCUGUUUUCUAGCCCAAGAAUUAGGGCACAGUGUCUGACAGCACUACUAAACAGGCUGCAUGAACUUAAGACUCUCUCAGGAAGUUCAGGGUGAGUGGCCCUGGUUGCAGCAGGACCCAGAAAUGGGAGCCAGAACCUGCCUCUGUUCUGCUGGCGAUAGCGUAUCUCCUAGAGGAGAGCAUGGAGGCAUCUUGGCAACAGUACUCUCGAGGGUCCUUCCUUCGAUGCCUCCUGGGUGGGCGUUAAUAUCAGGUACCCAACUGCAGGGGAAUGUCCAAGUGCCAGGCCCUCAUACUGGUCUGCCCUUUGUAGGUUGUGGAACCCCAACUCUAGACUGGAGAGCCUGGGGCAAGGACUCUCUCUCUCCCUGCUUUCCUCAGUCCCAUAACGUGGGGUCUACUGCCAGUCUUAUCUCUUUACUUGUGGCCUAUGAACACCCAAAAGAGGCCAGGGAACCCCUGUAAGGAGAUGGUCUUUUCUAUAGGUGCAGGGCCAUCCUGUGUGGAAAACAGCAGCUGGCCGAUUGUGUCACAUGCCUCUGAGCAGUAGAGGGGCAGGCAUAAGAAGGUGCUGUGAGGAAGUGCAAUGUCACAUGCAGCCUCACAGGAAGCUGGCCAGAAGAUAGCUGAGGACUGCUGCGCUCAGUCGUUUUUUUUUUUUCCUCAGCGGAUUAAAGCAACACAGAUUUACCCUCAAGACUGCUGAAAUUCUAACUAUCCAAGAUGCCUGUCCCUCCCCCACCAGCACCCCCACCGCCACCGACGUUUGCUCUCGCCAAUACUGAGAAACCCUCCUUGAAUAAGACAGAACAGGCUGGGAGGAAUGCCCUUCUCUCCGACAUCAGCAAAGGGAAGAAGCUAAAGAAGACAGUCACCAAUGACAGAAGCGCUCCAAUAUUGGACAAACCUAAGGGGGCUGGCGGUGGCUAUGGUGGAGGCAGCGGAGGCGGAGGAGGAGGAGGCAGCAGCGGUGGCGGUGGAAAUUUUGGAGGGGGUGGUCCUCCAGGACUGGGAGGACUGUUCCAGGCCGGCAUGCCGAAGCUGAGGUCCACCGCCAACAGGGACAACGAUUCUGGGGGAAGCCGACCACCGAUUUUGCCACCAGGAGGAAGAGCCACAUCUGCCAAGCCCUUUUCACCCCCAAGUGGCCCGGGGAGGUUUCCCGCACCCUCACCAGGCCACAGGAGUGGGCCCCCAGAGCCGCCCAGGAACAGAAUGCCUCCCCCGAGGCCUGAUGUGGGCUCAAAACCAGAUAGCCUUCCCCCUCCGGUACCAAAUACGCCAAGACCCAUUCCGUCGAGUCUGCACAACCGGGGAUCCCCAGCAGGGCUGGGAGCCCCCAGACCCCCCUUUCCCGGAAACCGAGGUGCUGCUUUUGGAGCAGGCUCUGUGCGCCAGAACCUCUCGAGCUCCUCCUCUCCGUUCCCCAGGCCCCCUUUGCCCCCGACCCCAAGCCGGGCCUUGGAUGACAAGCCCCCUCCACCACCUCCUCCCGUGGGCAACAGGCCCUCCAUGCACAGAGAAGCGGUUCCCCCUCCCCCAUCACAAAACAGCAAACCUCCAGUGCCUUCCACCCCGCGGCCGGGGGCGGGUUCACAGGCACCACCUCCGCCACCGCCCAGCCGGCCAGGACCCCCUCCACUGCCUCCGACUUCCAGCGACGAGAUCCCCAGGCUGCCACAGCGGAACCUGUCCCUCACCUCCCCUACACCUCCCUUGCCUUCACCUGGACGCUCGGGGCCUCUCCCUCCCCCACCCACCGAGAGGCCCCCUCCUCCCGUGAGGGAUCCGCCAGGCAGAUCAGGCCCCCUCCCACCACCACCUCCAAUAAACAGAAAUGGAAGCACAGCUCGGGCCCUGCCUGCCACCCCUCAGUUGCCAUCCAGGAGUGGAAUGGACAGUCCCAGAAGUGGGCCUAGGCCUCCUCUUCCUCCUGACAGGCCUGGUGCUGGGGCCCCGCCCCCACCCCCACCAUCCACAUCAGUUCGAAAUGGCUUCCAAGACUCAUCUUGCGAAGAUGAGUGGGAAAGCAGGUUCUACUUCCAUCCGAUUUCCGACUUACCGCCUCCAGAGCCGUAUGUGCCAACGACCAAGACGUACCCCAGCAAAGUGGCCAGAAGUGAAAGCCGAAGUGGAUCCAACAGAAGAGAAAGGGGCGCCCCACCCCUUCCUCCCAUCCCGAGGUGAUCUCUGCCUGCUCCGCUCUACCCAAACCUCCAAAGCUGCCUCUAUUGUUGCUGUUUGAGAACUGCACUCGCCCCGCCCUCUUUCUUUGCCCCCCUCAGAGAGAGGAGGAGGGAGGAACGGAAGCUGAGGAGGGGAUCCCUGCAUGUGGGGCUGGGGAUCGGGAAAGAAGGGCCUGUUUAUGUUGUAUAUAUUCCUGAGCUAUUGCUUGUGUCAGCCGCAGCCUGCCAGGGUCGGCUGCUGGGAUCGAUAGGCUUUUGUUAUAAGGAGGCAGAGAAGAAUCGUAUCCCAGCUUUCAGCCCCACGAGGUCAGGCAUUCACUGCUUUUUUGCUACAGGCAGUAGCUGUUAAAUCCCCUGAGAGCUGGUUUUCUCUAUGCCUUUCUUGCUUACUUGGCCUCCGGUCUGGUUCCGAACGAACCACAGACCGCCCAAGCAAGUUGCUGAGCAAGCCCUACGUGAAGCCCUGUGGUUGCAGGAUGUUCAAUCUUUGGCAGUCUGAGGUAGGCUCCAGGGCAGAGCUGUCUAACAGAAACCUAAUGUGAGCCCCAUACCCAGUCUUAAAAUGACCAGCAGCCAUGUUUAUAAGGGUAAAAGGAAACAGAUGAAAAGAAUUCCAUUUUACUUAGCUCUGUGCAUCUGAAAUGUCACUUCCACCUGGAUUAUUAAUGAGGUAUUCACAUUUUUGGUACUAAGUCCUCUCACUCCAGUAACCAUUCUGUAUUUAGAACAAGCAUAUGGACAGAUUUCAAGUGUCUACACGUGCUUAAGCACCUCACAGUCAGCCGGUCUGGAAGACAGGAGCUAGUACGGAAAGCUUGUGCCUAAAAAGGCAAAUUGAAUUUUAGCAAUUCAAGAGAUGUCCCAAGACCAAGUCAUAACUUGAUACAAUGUUAGGCAGACAGUGAGACCUUAGCUUUUUGACCCUUAUUUUGCCUUUUUCCUUAAUAUGUAUGUACAGGUGUUUCUUCAGAGUAUCAUUAUCUAGUCAGAAAUGUAUCUAGUCCAGUUUACCAUAGCAUGGAAUAAAUCCACUGCAAGAGAAAGGGAAACGUGUAGUGUGGGCUCUUCCUGGCUCAGAACCAGCUGGCUUGUGCACUCACUGGUCACUGGCCUUGCAGAUCUUCUGUGGUUCUUCAGUCCUCCACUCCAGAGAAAACUUCUUCCUCAGGUCAGGAAAAGCUAGGAGGGCAAGAUAGGAGAAGAAAGUCAGAGAAUGUAUCAAAUCAGAAUUAUGGGAGAAGGGGACAGCUUUGAUGAUGGGCAGAAUUCUACACAACCAACUGGGUCAAGUAGAUUAAGGAGCUUACCAGUAGAACCCGGAAAGCACUGGUUUUGGAUUUCUUGGGAGAAUCGUUUUGGAUCUGUGCAAGUAAGUUCCGCUAAAGGACCGACCGUGAAAAGCGUCAGGCAUGCCUUUUAUAUACAUAGAAUUUUGUUUACAAUGUUUUACUGGGACUUUGAAAUCUAGCUGUAGAGUUGGAAAAUGAUUUCCACUUUGAUGUUUUGUAUCGUCGUGUUUAAUGUUACUGUUGUCUUUUAAAGCACAUGGCCACAUGUGUAUCUACCUGAGCUUUGUAUUUUGGGUCCAGUGUAUUGCUCACGUGUUGCUGGGAGAUGCUAAUGACAACAAAAAAAAAAAUCAAUCCAAAGAAAAAUGGAAAGACAUUCCUAUUUAUAGAAUGAUUGUUUCAUUUAUAUAAAAGCAUAACGUAGGAGUUCUAAUAGAUGAAACGUCUAAUAAAUUAUAAAGUGAUUGAUUUGAAUAUAUUGUAUUUUUAUAACUUUCCUUGCCAAAGCUCUGGACCUAGUUCUUUAGAGAGUAACUUUCCUUUCUUCUCCUCCACCAUUUGUCUGCCUUUCAUGAAAACAAAGAAAUAAAAGGUUCAACAAGCUUGACAAUUUUUUUAUUUCUAACAUUUUUAAAUGUAUUUCAAAUUCUUUGAUCUGAUAUUCACUAGAAUCAACAUCUUUUUGAUAGACACUCAGUGACCCACUUUACUGGAAAUAGAAUUGGUCCUUCCUUGUGCUGUGUAUGGCAGUGAAAGGUCAGACUCAAAAAUUGUGGGUCUGAAUUUUUUAAGGAAUCGUGAAAAUUGAAACAAGUCCUGGGUAAAUCUCAGUUUUUCAGGUGCAUUCCUAAGUCAGGAACGGGGUCACAGCUCAAAGUUGCCAUUCAUAAUAAAAAGGGUUUGGAGAGUAUUUUGCAAAGAAUGUUUCAUUAAUACACCUACAUCCUAUCUUUGGAAGUCAGUGACCCAAUUGCAUUUAAAACUCUGGAGAAGUUCUGUGUUUAUCUUAACCUAUGGCAGACUGCAAAAAAAAAAAAAAAAAAAAGACUUAUUUUCUUCCCCGAAAUCAAAGCUUACAUGUAUGUUUUUUCCCAUAAUAUUUCCAGUUAUGUGUAUUUAAGAUGCAAUGCAGUAUUUUAACAUUUGCAAAUCAUUUUAUAUGGAAAUAUAUUGCAGUAUUAAAAUUCAGUGUUCUGUGUCUAUUCACUAUGCAUUUUAUUUACUGAAAGCUGAGAAAAUGUUUAACCCAAUGGUGCCUUACUUGUGAUCUGAAAAGAAUCAACUUUUUAUGUCUUAAGUAGGGGGAUUAGCUGCAUAUUUGUAAAAACUGUUAGGCCUUUAUAUUUUAAUUUGUAAUAUCAACUUUGUUAUUUUAGUACCAGAAACAGGGUGGUUAUUGAAACCUUCUCAAAGUUUUGGUAUGAAAUUAAUUUUCCCUGUUCAUAGGCAGGAGCUGUAGAGGAAAUUUUUCAUGCCACUGAACUGUAUAAACAGACACGGGCAUCUGUGUCAUCAGAGUAGUUAAAUGGUGGGGUAGAAUCUACCAUAGACACCUGCAUGUUUGUAAGUUAGCCAGACAAUAAAUAAAAAGCAGAACGAUA